CUCUCUCUCUUUCUCCUUUCUUUCAGAAUGGCGUAGGGGUGAGGAGAGACAUUCUAUAACAUCAAAGCAUAUAUAUUUAUACGUAUGUAUGUGAUGUGGAACUAGGGUUAGGGUUUAAAUUACGCUUAUGGAAGACGAGGAUGAGAAAGUGAUUUUCACAAUGGACAACGAAGUACAUGAUACAAAAGACAAACCUUUAGAUGCUACGGAGAUCUUAAAAUCCGAGGAAAGAAGCGAUAUGGGUUCCUCAAUUCUUCCCCAUCUUUGUGAUUCGCAACUGAUAGUGGGUUCGUCUCCGCCGCCGCCGCCGCCUUCUUUAGCUGUCGAGGAAGAGGGAAAGGUUGAGGAUGAAGUGACUCAGUUGGUUGGAAUGGAUAUGUUUAUGGAGACUGCGGCUGAUGUUGUUGAUCGUCAGGGAGAGGAUGAUGUUGAAUGUAGUUUACCCAGUUGGUCCGAGCAGGAUGAUGUGGAGUUCUUUGGCGACCAUUCAUCGGUGCAUAUACCAGGAGAUAUGAUGAUAGGAAAUGACAUUUCUUUGGAUUUUGAUGAUUCAGAGCUUAAGAUUUCUAACACUUGGUCUAUAAUCCAAGAUGAGGAAAUUAAGAUACAUAUAAAUGAAGAAGGUGACGGUUAUGUUGAAGCGGUUGUAACAUGUGAUAUUCCUACUAAAAUGGAUUAUGAUAUCGAGAAUUGUGUAAAGACCCAGAGUGUUGAAGAUGGUGUAGGCAAUUGUUUGCCCCGAUCAGACAUUUUGCAAUCCUUUGAUACACUGGGUGAGGAAUAUGAAGCCAUUGAAAAGGAACAAGUUGAAGUGAUGGAUGAAGAACACAAUGUGGAUGUGGAGUCCUCAGUUAUUUCUAAAUUGGGACAAAAAGAUGAAGCCAUAGGGAUGGAAGGGACGGUGGGAGAUCCUGCACCUGAACCUGACAAUGUAGAAGUAAGUCUGCAAUCCAUUGUUGCUGCUGAACUGUGUGAGGAAGAUGAAGUCAUGGGAGAAGAAAAUGUUGGGGUUACAGAGAUGGAAGAGAAUCAUAUUCAGCUUCUGGAUGGUGUAGAAGAUGUUGUUGGUUGCACUCCAACAAAAGAUGAUGAUGGUGAAGAGUCAAUGGAAGAGGACGACCCACCAACUGCUGAGACUGAAAUGGAGAUAGAGACGGAUGUGAUAGAUGUGCCAGAACUAGAUAAUGUAACCAUUGCCGCAGGGAAGAGAAAAAGAGGAAAGAAUGCUAAGGUUUCCACACGAGCUUCAACUAGGACCACCAUUGGAGAAGAUGUUUGUUUCAUUUGUUUUGAUGGUGGAGAGCUUGUGUUAUGUGAUCGUAGGGGAUGUCCUAAGGUAUACCACCCUUCCUGUGUCAAUCGCGAUGAAGCAUUUUUUCGAGCAAAAGGUCGAUGGAAUUGUGGUUGGCAUCUUUGUAGCAUUUGUGAGAAGAAUGGACACUAUUCAUGUUAUACAUGCACAUUUUCUGUGUGCAAAGUGUGCACUAAAGAUGCCGUUAUCUUAUGUGUUCGAGGAAACAAAGGUUUUUGUGAGACUUGCAUGAAGACCGUGAUGUUGAUUGAAAAUAACGAGGCAUCAGACAAUAAGGAUAAAGUGGACUUUGAUGACAAGAGCAGUUGGGAGUUCCUAUUCAAGGAUUAUUGGACAGAUCUGAAGGAAAAACUGUCCAUUACUACUGAUGAACUUGCCCUGGCAAAAAAUCCACGGAGAGGGCCCGAUGUAUCCAUUGGGAAAGAGGAAGCAAAUGAAGAAAAUAUUGAUGUCAAUAAUGGUCAUUCUGGUUCAGACAGUUCAGAGCACCUAGAGGAUAGAAAAUCGAAAAGAAGAUUAUCAAAGAGGAAAUCCAAAAGGCGAGAGAAGACCGAAGAGAUUGGCUUACCAAAUACUUCAGAAAUAGCUUUUGUGUCUCGUGGAUGGGCAUCACAAGAGCUUCUAGAGUUUGUUAUGCACAUGAAGGACGGUGACAACUCAGUUUUAUCUCAGUUUGAUGUUCAGGCCUUAUUACUUGAAUAUAUAAAAACAAACAAACUCCGCGAUCCUCGUAGAAAAAGUCAAAUUAUUUGUGAUGCAAGACUAGAAAAUCUAUUUGGAAAAGCUCGUGUUGGACAUUUUGAAAUGUUAAAACUUCUUGAAUCUCACUUUCUUAUAAAAGAUGAUACUCACAUAGAUGAUGUUCAAGGCACUGUUGUGGAUACUGAUGUUAACCAAGUGGAAAGAGAUGAAAAUAAUGAUUCUCCAAUUAAGGGGGGAAGUAAAGAAAAGAAACGUAGAAUAAGGAAGAAAGGUUAUGACAGAGGUCUUCAAUCCAAUCUUAACGACUAUGCUGCCAUUGAUAAUCACAAUAUAAAUUUGAUCUAUUUGCGAAGAAAGCUUGUUGAGGAUGUUCUUGAAGAUGUUGACAAAUUUCAUGACACAGUUGUUGGGACUUUUGUUAGAAUAAGAAUACCUGGUAAUAAUCAAAAGCAAGAUCUCUAUAGGCUGGUUCAAGUUAUAGGUACAACUAAGGCUCCCAAACCGUAUAAAGUUGGUAAAAGGACCACUAGUUUCUUCCUAGAAGUAUUAAACUUAGACAAAACUGAGGUGGUGGGAAUUGAUACCAUUUCCAACCAAGAAUUCACUGAGGAUGAAUGCAAACGGCUACGACAGAGCAUAAAAUGUGGGCUUAUCAAUAGGCUGACUGUGGGAGACAUUCUGCACAAGGCAACUAUAAUGCAUGUUGCUAGAGUUAAUGAUUGUCUGGAGGCUGAGACACAGAGACUUUUUCAUCUUCGCGACCGUGCAAGUGAGAAAGGACGCAAAAAAGAGCUUAGGGAAUGUGUGGAGAAACUACAGUUUCUCAGGACACCUGAAGAACGCCGACGAAGACUGGAUGAAAUCCCAGAAAUACGCACAGACCCAAAAAUGGAUCCAAACUAUGAAUCUGAAGAUGAUGAUAGCGAUAAGGCUACUACUGCACAAGAAAAUUACCUGAGACCUGGGGCAGGUUCUGGCUUUAGCAGGAAUAAUGGGAGAGAGACAAUUUCUCCUGGAAGAGGAAAUCUUACAAAUUCAGGAAGUGGAUCGAAAAAGUCCUCCUAUAAUAACUUGGAAUUCUCCAGAAGCAAUUCUGGCAAAGAUUUUUCAAACAAAAUUGACGAUAAAUCUUCUGUUAGCAAACAUCUGGAUGAAAGCAGUUCAAGGAAUCAAGUUCAAGAUGGAGGCUUACAUUUGGGCAAGAUGAAGCCUGAAACGAAAUCUGAAACUGUUGUAAAAUCAGAGUCAUUCACUAGUUCUGCAUCUAAUCCUCCUAAGAUCAUCGAAACUGAAAAAUCAUGGCUUUAUAAGGAUCCAUCUGGAAAAACUCAAGGACUAUUUUCAGUUGUUCAGCUGCGGAAAUGGAGUAACAAUGGUUACUUCCCAACUGAUCUUAAAGUUUGGAGAAAUAAGGAAGGUGAAGAAACCUCUAUACUUUUGACAGAUGCCUUGGCCGGAAAAUUUCAUCAGCAAUCACAAAGCGUGGAAAUUCCUCUUUCGUCCCCACCAAAUCCCGUAAAGCUUGAAACAAGAGAAAACGACAAAGGGAUGAAAUCGUCGCCAAUAGUUCAAGUUGUGUCAAAAUUUUCAACACAGGAUGGUAAUAUAAAUCCAGCAGCUCUGCAACAAACCCCACAACAACCGCCUCCUGUUGGAAUCAAAAGUCAGGAUGUUAAUAUGAAUCCAGCAGCCCCGCAAAUAAGAAGUAAGGAUGGUAAUAUGAAUUCAGCAGCCCCGCAAAGACAGCCUCCAGUUGGAAUCAAAAGUGAGGAUGGUAAUAUGAAUUCAGCAGCCCUGCAAAGACAGCCUCCGGUUGGAAUCAAAAGUCAGGAUGGUAAUAUGAAUCCAGCAGCCCCGCAAAGACAUCCUCUGGUUGGAAUCAAAAGUCAGGAUGGUAUUAUGAAUCCAGCAGCCCCGCAAAGACAGCCUCCGGUUGGAAUCAAAAGUCAGGAUGGUAAUAUGAAUCCAGCAACCCCGCAAAGACAGCCUCCGGUUGGAAUCAAAAGUCAGGAUGGUAAUAUGAAUCCAGCAGCCCCGCAAAGACCACCUCCCGUUGGAAUCAAAAGUCAGGAUGGAAAUAUGAAUCCAGCAGCCCCGCAAAGACCGCCUCCGGUUGCAAUCAACAGUCGGGAUGUUAAUAAGAAUCCAGCAAUCCCGCAACAACAGCCUCAAGUUGGAAUCAACAGUCGGGAUGGUAAUAUGAAUCCAGCCGCCCCACAACAACCGCCUCCGGUUGGAAUCAACAAUCGGGAUGGUAAUAUGAAUACAGCUUCCCCACAUCAACCACCUCCAGUCGGAAUCAACAGUCGGGAUGGUAGUAUGAAUCCAAUCGCCCCACAACAACCGCCUCCGGUUGGAAUCAACAGUUGGGAUGGUACUAUGAUUCCAUCAGCCCCGCAACCACCGCAACGGGUCGGAAUCAGCAGGUGGGAUAGUACUAUGAAUCCAGCAGCCCCGCAACCACCGCAACCGGUUGGAAUCAACAGUCAAGAUGGUAAUAUGAAUCCAGCAGCUCCACUACAGCCGCCUCCGGUUGGAAUCAACAGUCAGGAUGGUAAUAUGAAUCCAGCAGCCCCUCAACAACCACUUCCUUUAACCGCCACUGUCAGUGGUGGACAGCUGUCACAUUCUUCGACGAUUAAUCCUGAGAUAAGUACCAUACUGAAUCCGCAUUUGAACGGAGAAUCAACUCAGCCUGAAAUUCCUUCACAUCAUAUGCCUCAAGGGCAGCCUUAUGUUCAGAUUCCGGGUCCAAACUACUCUAAUCCAGGUUUACCCCUUAACAAUCAGCAACCUUCACCUUGGGCCGUACAAAACAAUCCAUUUCCACCCGGACCAAGACCCGACGGGUCAAACAUGACUUGGGGACCAAUGCCGGGUUGGGUGGGACCCGGACCAGUCCAGGCAACUGGAAAUAUGAACUGGAACCCUGGUUGGGUCGGACCACCACCUAUGGCCGGGUUUAUGCAACCCGGUAUGAUGAACCCAGGUUGGUUCCCACAAAUGUGUAACCCAUCCGGAUGGUAUCCACCCCCACCCCCACCCAACACAAAUCAGCCUCAAAUGUGGUGCCCACAACAACCGGGUGGGAAUAUGGGUCCUCCUCCUCCAGUCCAAUCCCAAGGUGGGUUGGGUCCUCCUCCUCCAGUCCAAUCCCAAGGUGGGUUGGGUCCUCAGUUGGGAAAUGCAAACCUUCCCGGUUGGAGCGGUCCGCCGAGUAAUUCGGGAACAUGGGGAAACGACCACCAGAAUAAUAAUGGGAACAAGUUUUCAGGUAGGGGUUCGGGUUCUGGUUAUAAUGGUGGACGGGCAGGCAGGGGAUAUGAUAGUAAAAAAACCAAUAAUAGUUCCCGUAUAUGCAUGUUCCAUCGGGGUGGACAUUGUAAGAAAGGGUCUACUUGUAGACAUGCUCACAAAUGAAGCUCAGCUUGAAUGGAGAUGAUGGUUAGAUUAUGUUCCUUGUAUAGUCAGUCAUUUUCUACAUGGAAAAAGCUCUCUGUUAGAUGUUUUUUUACUUUAUUUUUUGGGAUUUUAAGUGAACAAUAUACUGUUUUAAGUAAAAAAUAAACUUGCUACAUACAGUCAUGGAAAAAGAGGCUUACCUUUUUUUACUUUCAUACAUUAUCAGAUUUAAUAUUAAUUUAUCUUUUUAA